AUGCGGGCGCAUGGCUUCCACCACGGUGGAGUUCUGCAGAUAGUUGAGGCAAGAGUCAAGCGCUUGGGGAAGCCUCAGGGCCACCGCAGUUUUGAGCGCAUUUUCUGUGGAAUUUAA